AUGAAUGCUCGUGGAGAGGCCAACGACUGGGAAGAGACUAUCUCUGCUUCCCUGCAAAAGACUACCCAUUCAAUCAAAAACUUGACCACUACUGCAAGACAAGAAGCUCAUCAGCGAGGCGCUAAAGAUCUGCAACAGUUAAAAGUGUUAACAAAUCAAUGGAAGACGCAAGAUCGCCUGUUGCUGACAGGACUCGAGGCUGUAGCUGCCAUAGUCAAUCCUCAAUUGAGAAAACAGAUGCUGAGAACUCGUUUGGUAUCCAGAGUCAUGAAUGAUAAGGAGGCAAAUAUGACUGUAGAGAAGCAUCGUGAUGAUUUCCAACGCUUCAUAUGGAAGCGCCGUGCUGGCAUGGACAAGGAUACACGAAAGCUUUAUGAGCAUAGCCGAAUAUUUCGUCUUGGAGAAGAAGUGUCGUGGGCAUCAUCAGAACGCAUUCGAAAUUUCUACGUCAACAAUAUCGCUUAUAUGUGCAAGGAUGAAAUAUCAUGGGGUCUAUUGACCAACAAUGAUAUCCUGACGCUGUUUAAUCCCAAGGUCUCCAUCUUACCAGCCCAAGGACACCUACAAAUCGAAAUUAGCAGCGACGGACUAUCAUUUGAACUGUACGAAGCAGCCGCAAAAGCAGCUGAAGAACCAACCAAACCACAAGACACAGCUCCAGUUGUCGAAAAGAAGAGAACAUAUUCCAUUGCAACUGAAGCAACUGACGAAGCAAUAAUAAAACGCCAACAAUCCGUUUUCAAUCGUCAACCAUCCGUGAAUGAACCACGAGCAUCGUCUGUAUUUGGCAUGACAGACCCCACCCGUCGAGCAUCAUCCAUCCAUGGACCACAAGACAGCACUCGUCAAACAUCCUCCGUCCUUGUUCCACCGGAAUUUCUUGCAACACGUCGAUCAACAGCAGUGGCUUCUGCACCUCCUAAACCGCCACCGGUAUAUGGACGUGCAUAUGCUAAUACGCCGUUACUGUUUACAAAUAUAUCCAUGAAGUCGCUGAUUCUCGAUACUAUUGGAGAUUUGUAUAUACCACAAGAAGAAGUGUCGUCGUAUCUGCUAUUGGCUCGGAUCUUGGAUUUGGCCCAUGGAGGUCAUGGAUUACAGGCUAGUUUACUCUUGAAUCCCAAAGACGUUGUUGGUAUUUUGCGCAAAAAGUUGUCCACUUUGGGGUAUGAAGUACCUGAAUUGUCUGAUGAUGAACGUGGAAAAGGCGAUCGAUUGGAUGUUUUCAUGAUUGUUGAGCAAGUGCAGACCCGGUUGUUAUCCGAUAUGAGAAUGUAUUUCGAGUUUACGGUGCCUGCUACUACUGAGUGGUGUGUUGGAAUAUGUGCGGAAAACAAAAUAAAUGAGCAGCCUGAAUAUCCUGGUGCUGAUUGCUUCUCGAUGGGAUUCAGUUCUGACGGUGAAGCACACUGGAAUGGUGGUUCUGUCGCAUAUCAAGAAGAGGGCCCUGAAGGUGUUCAAAAUACUGGGAUGAGAGUAGUAGGAAUCAUGAUGGAUAUGAAAUGGCUUGCGCUUCAUAUGGUGGAAAAUGGAACGAUUCUACCAGCAGCAUUUGGUAAUGGAGCGGAAGCAUUCAAUGAAGAGCAAAUACAAGGACAAAUCGAGCUCUUGAAAACACAACCAUUACUGCCGAUGUUUGCCUUGAAAUGUGUCAAGAGUUCGACAUACAAUGCUACGGUAUACGAGAAACCAAACAUGAAGGUUAAUUUCGGGACUACUGGAUUCUCCUUCCCUAUCAAAGAUAUUUCCAAGCCGUACGAAUCCGUGGCUUCUCGACCCGCACCAAGAAUAUAUUCUUCUAGCACUGCAAGUAGUCAAGACGGGGUACCAUCCCAAUGGCAGCAACUAGUAUCAUCAGACAACAGUGCAACAGAUGAUGCAGUCAUGAAUGAAUUCUUCAAGGUCAAUUUGAUAAAGGAGGUACCGAAGUCGUAUUCCCAAUUCCCUCCGCACGUCUUCAGGAGAUCGCUUGCCGCAUCGAUCAUACAACGAGCAUACAGACGCCACUGUGGAAGACGACUACGAGAACGUAUUCGAUUCGAGCAGUAUGCAGCUGCUUGCAUAAUUCAACGGCUGGCACGUAGAUGGCUUGUAGGAUUUAAUUCUCGACGGGAGGAGUCAGCUGCAUUGAUUCAACGCAACUGGCGCAAGACGCUCUUUAUCAAAGCGGCUAUACUACGAUGUCGUUAUAAGGCACCACUUGCAGUACUACAUCACUCUGCACAUAUAAUCCAACGCGUAUGGAGGACUAUUAAGGCACGCAAGAACCGAAUCCCAGAUGUGCGACGAGAAGUUGUCAAGAUGGCCAAGGUGCAAGCUAAAGAAAAGAUUGUGGUUUGGUGGAGAGAGAUGAGACAGCGCAGACUGAAACGUAAGACUCGUAAGGCCGUUGUUGAUAUACAGAGAUGCUGGCGUGGAUACAAGCUCAGGAAGCUGCUGAGGUCUGAUUUGAGAGAUCGGCUGAGGAGUUUGGGAGAGAGUGUUGCUAUGCAUCGACAUGAGUUGUUAAGGGUUAGAGCUGCUCUGCAGCUACAGGCUGCUUGGAGGGUGUAUAAAGUACGAAAGAUGCGACGAGACUCGAGCAAGAUCCGACACAAGGCUGCCACUCGUAUACAAGCAGCAUUCAAGGGGUACUGGGUGCGCCGCCACAUCCAUUUACGAUUUACAUAUGGAGAAUCCGUGUUUCUGGCUGCUGUAUGUCGAGCUUUACGACAUUGCCAUUAUCUCUUACGAGCCUACAAGCCUUGUGCCCUUGUACCGGGAUAA